GACUCCGCUUAGCAGUCCAAGUCCUCACCCAAAUCUCCAACAACCACCCCGACAACCAUUCAUCCUUCGCCAGCAGCCAUCAUGUCGGACGGCCAGACGAAGCAGUUCGGGAAGAGCCAGAGGGUCGUGCCCGCCGACAAGGCCCAGAAGUGGUACCCCGUGGACGAUCAGUCGCAGCCCAAGAAAGUUCGCAAGACCCUGCGUCCCGCCAAGGUCCGCGAGACCCUCGUCCCCGGCACCAUCCUGAUCCUCCUCGCUGGCCGUUUCCGUGGCAAGCGUGUCAUCCUCCUCAAGUCCCUCGACCAGGGUGUCCUCCUUGUCACCGGUCCUUUCAAGAUCAACGGUGUCCCUCUCCGUCGCGUGAACUCCCGCUACGUUAUCGCCACCUCCAAGCGUGUCGACAUCACCGGUGUUGACGCCAAGUCCAUUGAGAAGAUCUCCGCUCCCGGAUACUUCACCAAGGACAAGAAGGCUGAGCAGAAGACCGAGGAGGCUUUCUUCAAGCAGGGCGAGAAGGCUCAGAAGAAGGUUGUUGCCAGCGCUCGCGCCAGCGACCAGAAGGCCGUUGACCAGGCUAUCCUUGCCUCCAUCAAGAAGGAGGAUUUCCUCGGCAGCUACCUCGCUACCACCUUCAGCCUCCGAAACGGCGACAAGCCCCACGAGAUGAAGUGGUAAAUUUGCGGUAGCCGCGGGUUCGGUAGAUAGUUGGGGAGGACCAUUUUCCAACGAGGGGCGGCUCGAUUGCAGAUCGGCAUCCUUUCGCGACUUUCGGGGGGCCGGUUUCAUGAACCAUGUCAUGUAAUUCCUACGGGAUCCGUCAAAACACGUUUUUCACUUUUCAUUUAUGAUUUGCGGUUAAUUCGGACAUCCGGAAUGUCGUUCAUGUUU